AUGGGAAGCGCCGAUUGCGUCGUCAAGCGCGGAUCCGUGGACUCACCUGCAGUGGUUGAAGUGAAGGGGAUUACAACGAGGGUAGUACUGCCUGGGCCCACGUCACUUGGACAGGCGGAUGACUCAGCAGCGGAGCGAGGUGCGGUUGGUGACGUCAGCAUAGUAAAGGACGGACCGACCGAGAUGGCGGGCGUUACUAACGGUCGAGAAGCCCUAGGUGCGGCAAUGACAAGGAAGGGCUGUGAGAAUGAGGAGGAGGAAAAAUCAGCGGAGGGAAUGAAAGAAGCGGAGGGGAGGAAAGCAGUGGAGGGGGGGACAGGAGCGGAAGACACGAAAGACGCAGAGGGGGACGAAAUGGAAGAGGAGGAGGAGGAAGACGAGGAGGAGACAGAUCGGGAAGAGGAGGAGGAGGAAGAGAGAAAUGAGGCGAAAGAGACGAUCCGGGCGCCGGAAACGGAGGAAAUUGCGGGACAUAUUGACGGCGAGGUAAUUCGUGCUAGAUUAAUCUCCGAUUUCGUUCGUCAGGGCCCCGUGACCGCUGCCGCUGGAGCUACUCGCUGCCUCGCGGGGGGUACGAGCAUGGGGGGAGGAGGGAGCAGUAAUCUGGUGAAGGCAAAAACGGGAGCGCGAAAGGGGAGAGGGAAGGGGACGAGUAAGGACGGGGUUGAACGAGAGUUGAAGCGGAAGCAGCGAGAGGAAGAGAGGGAGAGGAAGCGACAGAAGGAGGAGGAGGCGAAGGAAGUGAAGAGGAAGAAAAGGGAGGAGAUGGAAGCUAAGAAGAAGCAAGAGGAUGAAGAGAAGGAGGAGAAGCGGCGGAAGCGGGAGGAGGAGAGGAAGAAGAAGGAAGAGGAGAAGGAGCAGAAGCGGCAGCAGGAGGAGGGUGAGAGGCUGCGCAAGCAAAAAGCGCGAGAGGAGAAGGAGGCGAAAAGGAAGGAGGAGGAGCGAGAGAGGGAGCUCAAGCGGAAGAAGCAGGAGGAGGCGGAGGAGAAGCAGCGGGCGGCAAAGCAGAAAGCGGCUAAUUUCAUGAGUCGGUUUUUGGGCAAGAAGAAGGACGAGACUAAGGCAAGGACCGAUAAGAAUACUCAUUCCUCUCCAGCAGCCGCUGCACCUGCCGAUUCCGCCGCUCCAGCGGAACCAGCGCACGCGGGCGCAGCAGCAGGCGGAGGGGCCGGGGAAGCGCCAGGCGCGGGGGCAGGGGCCUCGGGGAGCGGGGCGGGGGAGAAGCCUCCCCCUGCCGCGAAGGCUUCCCCUUUUCUUCCGCCGCCGGCCAGCGCAGCGCGGCUUGGCGCGCCUCUGUCCGCCAGCACAGAGGCCAUUGACGCGCAGCUUGCGCGCCCGUGCGCGCUAACCCAGGCGGAGCUGCUCAGGUGGGAUGCGGUGGGGGAAAGGAGUGGGCGCGCUCUGGGGUCGGGCGUGCACGCUGGGGGAAAAGAGUGGGCACGCGCUGCGGGGAGGGGAGUGGGUGAAGGGGUGCGGAGUGUGGAUUUUUAUUCUUUUCCGCCUCUCCGCGCACUCCCCGCCCUCUGCGUUCUGCCCGCCCUCCGCUCACUCCCCGCCCUCCGCUCACUCCCCGCCCUCCGCUCACUCCCCGCCCUCUGCGUUCUCCCCGCCCUCCGCUCACUCCCCGCCCUCUGCGUUCUCCCCGCCCUCCGCUCACUCCCCGCCUUUCCACCGUCCUCCAACCCCCCAACCCCUUUCCACCCGUCCAGUUCCCUGUGCCAGAAGUGGAACGCACACCACGCCCUUGCCCCCACCGACCCGCCUUCCAAGCCAAGCGCCCAGAGCAUCCGCCGCCGCUGCAGGCACAGGCCGUGGGGAACGCGCAAGCUUCCGCGCGUUGCUCCGCCCGACGUCGGCAGCAGCAGCAGCGCCGUCGGGCGCGCGCAUAAGCACGCGGGCGCGGGCGCAGCAGCAGCAGCAAAGGCUGGAGGUGCGGCGGGUGCUGCCGGCGGUGGUGUUUCGGUCACUAGUGCAGGAUCGUGCGCCGAUCCCACUGGGGCCGUUGGGCUGGGAAAGAAGGGACAGGCGGCUAAGGAGGAGGAUGAGGUGAUGCGACUGGUGGGUGGGGAAGAAGGGGGGGCGGAUGGGGGGGAACCAGGAGGUGAUGCGGCGGAAGGAAGGGAUGUUGGUGUGUUGGUUGAAUUGGGGAACGGGACGGGUAAAACCGAGCGGGAGAAGGGUGCGGGGAAGGGGAAGGGGGAGCGGGGAGGAGAAGGGGAAGGGGGCGGAGAUGAGCGUGGGGGAGAGGGGAAGCAGUGGGACGUGCGAAGGAGGGAGCGGAGGCGGAAGAAGCUGCUGCAAUUCGCGGAGAACACAAGGCCUGCGUAUUACGGCACCUACUCCCUCGCCAGCAGUGGUGUGGUGAGGCCGCGUGCACCGUUGCGCAAGGACCCAGUUCUCAACUACGAUGUGGACAGCGAGGCCGAGUGGGAGGAGGAGGACCCGGCAGGCGAAAGCUUGUCGGAUUCCGACGGAGAGGACGAUCUGGAUAAGAUCGACCCAGAAGAAGGUGGUGAUGGGGAGGACGAGGAGGAGGAGGAUGGAUUUGUGGUGCCAGAUGGUUAUUUGUCAGCGGAUGAAGGGGUGGAUGUCUGCGCUCGUGCCGCCCCUGCUGGUGCUGCUGCUGCUGCUGGUGGUGGUGGUGCUGCUGCUGCGCCUGAUUCCCCUGCUGCCACAGCAGCAAGCAGGGCGGGGGGGGCGACAGGCGCAGGGGGGCCGGAGAGAGGGGAGAAGCACGAAAGGGGGGAUAAGCCGGUGGGGCAAGAGAAAGCUAAGCAGGAGGAAGGAAAGCUAGAAAAGCAGAUUCAGCAGCAGCAGCAGCAACAGCAGCAGCAGCAUCUGCGAUACUUGCAAGCCCUGGCAGUGCAAGUGCUUGAACCAACCAUGCUCAUAUCCCUGCCCCUCCUUCCCACCGCUCCAUCUCCAUUUCAACCGCGCAAACGUCAGCAUGUGGUGCUGCCUAAGUGGGGUGGCAAGCGCAAGAGAGAGGCAGGGCCUGGCGCAAUCCGCAGCAGCAGCACAGUUCCUGUAGGGGACACAGGGGCCUUGGGACCCACAAAAGACACAGGAACCGCAGAUGGUGUAGGGAAUGUAGGGAACGCAGCGAGUGCAGGGAACGGAGGGGGGGCAGAUAAAACAGGAGAGACAGGAGAUGCAGGAGACACGGGAGGGACUGGAACGACUGCGAGCAUAGGAAGAGAGGGGACCACGGAGCAGGAUUUGAACAAGGGCAAGGCAGAGAUGGAUGGAGGGUUUGUUGGAGGCAAGACACAGGAAGCUAUUGAGGGAGGCAAGGCAGAGGGUGGCAUGGGUGUUGACGAGAUGGACAAGACACAGCAUGUGAAGGAGAAGCACGAGGCAUCGGUUUUUAAGGAGGGCUGCAGUAGGUUGGAUAGUGCUGACUUUGCUAGUGCUGAGCCUAAGAGCAGCAGAGAGGGUGUGACGAUUGACAGUGCUGCUACUGCGGAUGACCAACAAGUGCAGCACAGGAGGAAGAGGCGAGCGGUUGGGUGGGGCACCACGACCCAGAUCCUACUCCCUGUACCUCCCCGACGCCCCUCUGCACCGCACCCAACCUGGUUAUCUUCACCACAAGGACAAGCCGCAGCAACAACAGCAACAGCAGCAGCUGUGGCAACUGCUGUAGGGCCGGUUCAGUUUACACCCCUGGGUGCGGGUCUGUGUAUGAGUCCUCACUCUGGCGUGUGUGCCGGCAAUGGCUUUAAGAGGCCUGUAGCUGCUGCCGGUGGUGGUGCCUGUGCAUCUGCUGGUAUAGCAGGGCACAUGCUUACAACCCCUGGGGCAGCAGCAGUGCCAGGGGCUCUGGGCAAGGGUGAUUUGACAACCACUCCUGUGAAACCUCUUACCUCUGCCCCCACACACAUACCCCUUCCUCCCCUCUCUUCCCCUGCCCUCUAUGUUUCGUCCUCACUCCUUUCCCAGCUACUGCUCUUGCUGCUCUAG